AUGCGCUUUCUGCAGACCGAAUGGCACCGACACGAACGCGAUCGCAAUGCCUGGGAAAUCGAGAGGCAGGAGAUGAAGAGCAGGAUAGCUGGUCUCGAGGGCCAGGCCAGGAGAGCCGACGCGACCCAGAACACCUUGAAGAAAUAUGUUUCCAUUUUGGAAAAGAAGGUCAAGCAGCAGUUGGCACAGUCAAAGGAGGGUGUCGACCCCUCACAGCCCAAACCUCUAGAUCGGGCUGCUUUACUGAAGGAGAAGCUUGCUCCUUCAGGUGACCCCACGGUGCCCAGCACGCUCGCAGCCGACCUCGCCGAUGAAGAGAACCAGCGCAACGAGCUGAGGACCUUCCUUGACCAGUGCCAGGCUGAAUUUACCUACCUCAUGGUUACACCUGCUAAUCCCAUGCCGCCGAGAGACUCGCCCCCCCUUCCUGUGAUGGAAGACUUGCGGGAAACCGAUGCGUUUGGUCAGCAAGUUAUGGACCCGGUUUACCAACAGCAGGGACUUUCACAACAGCAGCAACAGGCUCACGUUCGUGAGCUUCUGGCCCACCAAGCUAGAAACGCGGCGCCUCUAGCCCACCGUGGUCAGGGCGCACCUGGUCCAAGCAACUAUCCCGUCAAGCAAUUUGAUUUACAGUCUGCCCCCAUGAUGCGUACAUCAAAUGCCGAGCAGUCAUCGGCCAUGUAUGGGAAUGCUGGCGAAUGGACUGGCCAGAUACCUAUCCACGCAAAGCCUCCGGCGGAAUCGGGCCAGGAGCCGGCCUUGCAGCCCAAGCACCCCAAUCGAGCGGAGGACAGAGGAGAGCCUUCCGAGAAGCGCGGCGGGCUCGAGUCAGACAGUUGGGAUUUUAAUGAUAGCAACUUUCCCGAUCCCACUGCCCCCAACCCGCCACCACCACCACCACCACAACAACAACAACAACAGCAGCAGCCUCAUCAGGCGUCUCCCAACCGACCGGAUACCGAUGUGUUUCCCGCCGCUGAAAACAUCCCGAAAUCCCCCAACCGCGGUGCUCUGUCUCAUAGAAGAAAGAGUUCGAGCUCCAUGGGCCGGAGGAGAAGUGCGGACCACGAGCUUUCGCUGAACUCUAUGAGCCAGAAAACAGAAAACACCAACUUCAAGCUCAAGUUUGGACUGAGAGGCCACCUGGACACCGUUCGUACUGUGAUCUUUUCUGGAGGCGGGAGUCCUGGCGAGCCCGAGAUCUGCACCGCCGGAGACGACGGGACGAUCAAGCGAUUCCACAUCCCGGAUCGUCAUCCGGGGCAUCCCGGCGCUGGUGUCGGCGACCUCGACGUGACUGCCGAUUUCACACACCGCGGUCACAGUAAUGCUGUUCUCUCUCUGACAUCGUGGUCACCAUCGCCCAACUUCUCUACGGGCGGGCGUGCGCAAGGCGAUGGAUGGAUCUUUUCGGGAGGUCAGGAUGCCACCAUCCGAGUGUGGGAAAGAGGACGUGUCGACCCCAAAGCCACUAUGGAUGCGCAUGCGGAUGCUGUCUGGGCCCUCUGCGUACUUCCCGCCAACCUUGGCUCCAUCUUUGGCCAAAGCACUACCCAUGGCUCACCGGACCGCAUCCUCCUCGUCUCAGGCUCAGCUGAUGGUACGGUCAAGCUGUGGGCAGUCAGUGCACCACCUCAGCUCACCUCACCGCAGCCCAGCACGGGACGGAGGGGUCCUGGCGGUCGCACACGAGGCAACUCGAUGAGUUCCGGCUCCAGUUUCCCGAACUCGCCCCAGCCGACAACCGCCUCCAACUCCCCCUUCCACUACUCGCUGAUACACUCCAUCCCCCGUCCCGAUGGCAAGGCCAGUCCAACCAAGAUCACACCCCUGAGCCCCAACGGAGAGACAUUUGUGGUGAGUUACUCGGAUGCUGCCAUCAUCGUUUACGACACCCGGACCGGAGAGCCCACUGGGACCAUGGCCAGUCUAGAAACCUAUGAUGGAACCAUCGCUACCAGUGUCAACGCGGUGGUGGCCACGGUCGUUGGGCUUGAUCAGCCCCAAGGCUUGGGCGAGGAGGAGAGCGGCGGCGGCGGACCAACAGGAGGUGGGCGCGCUAUGGCUGGAUCGGGUGUGGAGGGUGUCAUCAUUUCAGGACACGAAGAUUGCUAUGUGAGAUUCUUCGACGCCAAUAGCGGUCAGUGCACCUACAAUAUGGUUGCCCAUCCCGCUUCCAUCUCCGGUCUCUCCCUCAGCCCCGACGGUCGGGAGUUAGUGAGCGCCGGUCAUGACGGCUCCCUGCGGUUCUGGUCCUUGGAAACACGUUCCUGCACACAAGAAAUUACGAGCCAUAGGGUGAUGCGCGGUGAGGGCGUUUGCUCUGUCGUGUGGAGUCAGGACGGCCGCUGGGUUGUGAGUGGCGGCGGCGACGGUGUGGUCAAGGUGUUUGCGCGGUAG